CGCCGCUGCUACACACACACACACUCACACACACAACCGCUGCCUCCGCCGCCGCUCCGUGGGCAGCUACUACUACUGCUGGGCUGGGCUGGGCUGGGCUGGACGGGUUGCGCCGGAGCUCGCCUGCACAGAUCAGCUCCAAAGAGAGGAGAAAAGCCACGCUCCUCUGACCAAGCCGUACGAGCUAAGCCAAAUCUGCCAGUGAGCCUCAGGCUUUGGGAACAGAAGAGUGUGUCUGAAAAACACAGCCAGCCCUCCGAUGGCCAGCAACAACACCGCCAGCAUAGCACAAGCCAGGAAGCUGGUAGAACAGCUGAAGAUGGAAGCCAACAUAGAUAGGAUAAAGGUAUCCAAGGCAGCUGCAGAUUUGAUGGCCUAUUGUGAAGCUCAUGCCAAGGAAGAUCCCCUCCUGACUCCAGUUCCAGCUUCAGAAAACCCAUUUAGGGAGAAGAAGUUCUUCUGUGCCAUCCUUUAAGUCUUUAAGAGGCACCUGAAGAGCCUCAGGGCUCCUGGGACACUGAUGUAGAGUUUUUAGCGAAGUGGACGCCUUUCUAGUCCACAGCAUUUAAAGAGAGGGAGGAGAACCAUCCUGGAAACUCCAGGCCAUGCAUGUUUAAAGAACUGGUCCCCUUUAGGAGACUGAAAGCUGAUCCACAUCAUGAGUUAAAAGAUCUGAUAUCUGCAUAACUGCCUGGAGGAGGGGAAUAUGUAAAGUAAAAUUGGUGUCACUUCUUUUCUGCUACCCCCCCCCCCCCAAAAAAAAACCCUUAUGUUUCUGCUUCAUAUUUAAGAAAAUAAAAACUAAAACAGACAGCUGUACUGAAUUAAGAUAUGUAUGGCCUUCUUGGAAUGAAUAUUGUCUUUAGAAUACCCUGUGAUAAACUAAAUUGUCCAGUGUAGCCACAGUUUGGUUAAAUGGCAUUGAUGUUUAGUCUUGUGCCUUUCUUUUCUUUUUUUCCUUUUCCUAUCCCUCCUCUCCCAACCCUGCCCUCUCCCCCCAUUAGACUAGUACAAAGAUAAGGCUGGACUUGUCUGUAAGACCAAACUCCAAGGAUGAGCAUCCAAAUGCUUAGGGAGAUGUUCCUACGAUGUCUCCUCAUGGUAGUAAAAAAAGAAAAUGCCAGUUUUCUGUGUGCUCUUAUCACUAUUCCUAACAUUUGUAUAUGAUAGCCUUGAUUCUGCAAGUAAAAGUAAAUAAUGUGUUGUGACUGGUGCUUUCAUAUAUUUGUGAUAAUUUUUGAGUAAUACUGCAUGAAAUUGUCCCUAUGUUACAUCCAUUCAGAAGUUUUGUUGUUUUAUUGUAAUGCUGGGAGAAGAAACUAGAGAGAAAAGAAGCUGGAGAGAAAAACUCAAUAUUUUGAAGACAGAGAUUACUUCAGAGCCUUAGCCAUGCCCAAAAUAUCUCCUAGAUAACUACUGUGUAAAUGCCUCUUCAAAAUGUUUUUCAGAAUCCAAACCAUUUUGGUUUUAUCCAGGAUUCGGGGCAGCACAGAUCCCACCAAGCAUGAGAGGUGAAGAGUCACCAUCAUUGGGAAGUGCUUUUGCCAAAGUGUAUAAGCAAGUUGCUUCUUCUUUCCCUGAAUCACGGAAGUCCUAGAUUGAAAGAACGCUUUCUGCUAUUCUUAACAAGAAAACUGUAGCCCUCCUUUGUUGACGUGUCAGGAGAAGUAAUCCCAUGGCUCCAGAGAAGGCAACCAAUUCUUAGAACUCCAGCAGAUGAGCCACCACAUCCGAUUACCCACUGUUUGGGUAGCAGGUUCAGCCCCUGCGGCCACUCCUCCAGGAAAGGAUUCCGGCUUUUUUCCACUGAGAUGGUCUUUGUUUUUCAUUCACCAAAUUUUUCAAUGGGGUCUUUUUGGUUUUGGUUUUGUUCUCCACCUUGUUUGUUAGUGUUUCUAAGUCUUUAUUUGCAACUUCCUUGCAGCUAGACCUCUCUCUUCCUCGGCUAUGAUAUUGAGAGUGCUUUUUCAUUGCAGCUGUAGCAUCCAUCAGUAAUGGGGGGGAAAGGGGGUGCUGAAAGCCUUUAUCACUUCUUUCUCUGUCGUUCUCAGUCAAGAGAGAGUCUUUUGUACAUCCUCUUCUACCUUCCAAAUGAUUUUAUUAUCUUGUCUCUCUCCAUUCUCUUCCUCCUAUUUGUUUUAUUUUGUUUUUAAGUAUGGAGAGGGAGGGAAAGAGAAGAUACGAGGACAGAUUUUGAAACAUUCUUAGUAAAUGUUUCCUUAGCUCCUUUUAAGACAUGCUGGUGAAAAGUAUAAUAUAUCCAAUUAAAGCUCACGUCUGGGAUGGAACAAAGGAGAGACUGAAACAUUUGUGAAAUGUGUGGCACUUAUGUAACGAGACUUCUGUUCAAACCUUAGGAUUUUGCUACAGUCAGUGGGACGCUGAUAAAGAUUUAGUAGGAAAAACGACAUUAAACAACAAUAUUGUACAAUUAGCUUAGUAAUACUGUGGAAUCAGCUAAAACCUUAACACAUUUUAAAAAUGAGCCAAAACUUGAAUAUGUGGUCACAUAAAAACAAAUGUGAAUAAAGAACUCUUUAGUGGUGAUUAAGGUGCCAUUAUAAACUCAGAUGAUUUUCAUAAUCCACACCAUUUAUUUUUUUCUCAGAAGCACUUUUUCUAUUCCCAUGUAAAUCUCGAUCUUUGGAGCAAUUAAAGUGGAAUUAAAAUUUUCAGGAAGCAUUAUGAGUCUGGUAAUUAAAAGUUAAGGAAGUUCCAAACUGCAUGUGAGCAUAUUUAUAAAACAGAAGAAAAGGCAGAAAAUACACAGCCCAUUUGAAAUUAAAUUUAAGGAAAAUGGUUUGGCUUUUUUUAAUAAUUUCACAUCCUACAUUAUGGCAUCGUUAUUGCAUUAUACUACCAGAGACUUUAUAUGAGUUUGGCUUACCGGUAUUUUUUACUUAUUAAGAGGAAAAGUCUUCUUUUGAUUACUUAUUUCUCUAAAGAGCUUUAAUUCCUUUAGAAAUUCAGCAUUUUCACUAGCAUAAUUUUAUCUUAAGGGGUAACUAAUAGGAAAACUCAGCUUAAUCAUUCAAGGCCCUAAUUCCUGUAUAUAAUGUAUGAAUAGUAAUGAAAAUCUGCCAUGGAUUUAGUUAAUAGAUAGUAACAAUAACCUACAUAGUUAGAAUGUGGAUUCUAUAAAGAAAAAAUAAUCUUGCAUCAUCCUCACUAUACUCCAGUUUCAAAUGUUUUUAUCCAACUUUAAACCAAAUACUAUUUAAUUUAAAUCAGAGGAUCCAAAUAAAUACUUUGAUCUGGGUCUGACUUUGCUAAUAAAAUUUAAAAGUGAUUGCCUACAAAGAAAAAUUUAACAAUAAAAACCUUCUCUUUGUAUAUAAUAUAUUCACAUAAGGAAUUUUGAGAAAACCAAGCAUGCUGUCUUAGGGGAUUUUUAUACUUUUUUUUUUUUUUAGUUUUUUUAAAUUUUACUUUUGCUUCUAGCUGCUCCUGGUAAUGGUGAAUUGUUACAUAUACAUUUUUCAGCCCAAGAACUGUUACAGUUUUCCUAUUUAAAAUCUAUACAGUGUGGCUUUCAAGGAGGGAGAUACAGAAAUGUUAAAGCAGGAAAACCUGAAUGUGAUGUGCACAUUUUCAUCCCACAUGGACAAUGUAUUUGUUUUAAUAAAUGGAAUUUUCAGAUUCAUUUCA